GAGCUCCACGCUCUCUUCUACUCGCUGGUUUUGAACCAGAGAGAACCCUAAAUCUCCCAAAAACCUUGGAAAAUUUAGCCAAAAAAGUUUGAAAUUCGAGGUUUUGAUCUCUUUGAUGCUGAAAUGCAAACCCUAAUCCUCUGCGAGGUCUCCUUUAGGGCACCAUUUCAGCUUCGCAGUCUUGGAAAACCAUCAGUGUCCCCUUUCCUCACUUAUUCGAUCCCACGGAGAAAUUGGAGCCAUUCUCAUCGGAUUUCACUGAGAUCUAAGAUAGAAAGUUCUCGUUAUGUGAAUGGAGUAGUUGAUGGAUUGUUGACGCACUUUGGACGAACACCUCGAUUGGAUAAGGAUGGCAUGGAGAAUAGAAUUCUGGAAGAUUCUUCCAGAAAUACAACUCUGGAUUCGAGUGAAAUUGAUUGUGUUUUCAAUAAUGUUGAUGGCGUCCAUGAAGAUACUGGUCUUAUGGAUGGGAGCCACUCUUCUAGUUGUCAAGAAAAUAGUGGAUUUUCACUGUCAGAUAUAUAUAAUGGGAUUAAAUUUGCAGCUUUGUGUGGAUUGCUUGCUUUCCAAGGAUCUCCAUAUGCAGUUGCAGAGAUGGAAUUCACUGGUGGAAUACAGGCUAUGAGUUAUUUGGGGGAUCUCAGUGAUCUCAGUACAGGUUUUGCUUCAGCCUUUUUGCUGAUUUUCUUCUCUGAGCUGGGAGACAAAACAUUCUUUAUAGCGGCUCUUUUAGCAGCUCGGAAUUCUGGAGCUGUUAUUUUUGUUGGCACUUUUGGUGCACUUGGGGCAAUGACAAUCAUAUCAGUAAUUAUUGGGCGCACAUUCCACUAUGUUGAUGGCAUCCUUCCAUUCAGAAUUGGUGAGACAGAUUUGCCAAUUGAUGAUAUUGCGGCAGCCUGCCUUUUGAUUUAUUUUGGUGUUUCUACUUUGCUUGACGCUGCUUCAGAUGAUGACUUGAAAAUGAAGGAAGAACAAAAGAAGGCAGAAUUAGCAAUUUCAGAACUAAGAGGAAAUGGUGCAGGAAUAUUGGCUGCUGCUAGCACAAUAAUCAGCACUUUUGUAUUGGUUUUUGUUGCUGAAUGGGGUGAUAAAUCCUUUUUCUCCACAAUAGCCCUUGCCGCAGCUUCUUCACCUCUUGGGGUGGUUGGUGGUGCACUGGCUGGUCAUGCUGUUGCAACUUUGAUUGCAGUUGUGGGGGGUUCUUUACUUGGGACUUUUUUAUCCGAGAAGGUUAUUGCAUAUGUUGGCGGAACUCUCUUUCUUGUUUUUGCGUUGGCAACAAUGAUCGAAGUUGUUACUUGAAUUGCCACAAAUUUCGAAAGGUCCAAGGUUUAAACGAACAUUGCCUGGUGAGUCAUUCAAAAGAAUGAAAACAGUUCUCUGCUCCAGGUACACUAGUUAGUCUACUGCAAACAGAGUCCUUUUUUGAUGUUCAUGUAUGGGUUGAAUCAUUCUUCAUCCUAAUUGUCACCAUUCUAUUGAUUAUUAAUCAAAUAUUAUGAUUAUCUUCAUAUCUAA